UCUAAUUCUUCAGUUACUUUCGGGGAUGGGAGCAAAAUUUUAAGAACCUUAAUAUUUUACAGUAGUUCCCUUAUGGUAAGUCUGAAUUUCUGAUAUCAUUUUAUUUGUGAGAUAUUUCAUAGUUCUGCAUCAUCUUUGACUCUCCUAAUUCCUGAUAACUAACACAUCAAUAUCUAAAGGACUCUAAUUUGCUUAGGCUGCAUGAAAAACCACCAACUGAUCUUAGUUUCUGCAUCAACAUUAGGAACAAUUCUGCAGUUACUUGAACUGAUACAUUCUUCCAUUUUCAAUUUUAGCCUGAAACAUUUUAUUCUUGAAUUCAUUUUCACAGUAGUGUUGGAGAAAAUAGAUGAGCAAGAAGGUUUCAAGCCGUUUGGGACCACAGAUUCUCGUGAACCUGAAAAUGCAAUAGAAAUACUUGAGCAAAGGGAGCAAAAGGUCUUAUUUCAUGAAUCCACUGAGUUGGGAAGAGCAAGCAACUUGCGCAAAAGUUUAGAUUGGGAUACUGCUUUUUUCACCAGUGCAGGACUUCUAGGUCCAGAAGAGUUGUUUAUUAUAAAUAAAGGAUUUGAGAAGGUUGAAGCUCACCUAUUACCCGUAACUCAAGAAGAUCUGUGUACGCGGAGAUAUGCAAACUCAGAAUCUACAUUAGAUAGUGAUGACUUCUCUUUGGACAGCAACCAAAGCACUGAGGUUGAUUUGUUUGAAGAUAUAAGAGCAUCCAUUGAGAAAUCCAAUAUAAUGUCCAAUAUUUGCAAGUCAGUUUGCAAAUCAGGAGUUGGAGAAGCCCACAAACGGUUGGUUAAAUACUUCAAUGAGUAG